AGUUGUUCUUUGCUUACACGUCAAGUGGUUAUGAUUUCUGGAUUUUCCGAUAAAAUGUUAAAUAUUGUCAGUAAAUGUGAAUAAAUACAGCAAAUUAAUAGUCUAAAUAAAUUAUUUACGAACAUUUACAUGUGUUACGAUAGCCGGCAAUCAUUCCUUAGUUGUAUUUUUGCGUGAAACGUGAAGAAAAUAUGGGUGGGUUAUUCAGUUACUUCCGGGGGCUGCUGGGGGCGCGGGAGAUGCGGAUCCUAAUCCUGGGGCUGGAUGGCGCCGGAAAAACAACAAUUCUGUACAAACUCCAAGUCGGCGAAGUGGUCACCACGAUACCCACCAUAGGGUUCAAUGUAGAACAAGUCACGUACAAAAACUUAAAGUUCCAAGUGUGGGAUCUUGGAGGACAGACCAGUAUUAGGCCCUAUUGGCGAUGUUACUAUGGAAAUACAGAUGCUAUAAUAUAUGUGGUGGACUCAGCAGACAGAGAUCGAAUAGGCAUAUCUAAAGAUGAACUAGUACACAUGUUAAGAGAAGACGAGCUAGCGAAUGCAAUCCUAGUAGUCCUUGCCAACAAGCAGGACAUGGCGGGGUGCCUCACGGUGGCGGAGGUGCACCAGGCGCUCGGGCUCGACGCGCUCCGCGACAGAACAUUCCAGAUCUUCAAGACAUCCGCCGUGAAAGGAGAGGGCCUCGACCAGGCCAUGGACUGGCUCUCCAACGCUUUGCAAGCUAGGAAAUAACAAAUAGGGUAAAUUCACACAAAUAUCAACAAACAGCGGGAAGAUUUCGCCAAGAUCGGACCUGAACAGUAGACUGUUGAUGAAGAAUGGAUUAUACCAUAGUCACCUAUAAUGCCAUUAGGAUAGGUACUUAGCUACAAGAUGUGUCUGAACCAGAACUCUAAUUCAACCAAGUAAGGUAUAUUUUGGAUUAACUCUAAAAAGGUUUAUAAAAUAUGCCAUGAUGAUAUCGUAAUUGUUUGAUAAUAAUAACGAUAUUCAAGACUUUUCAUUUAUAGAACUUAAUGUGUACUUAUAAAAAUAUUGUGUACCCAAAGUUCAAUCAAGCAUUAACGUUUUACGUCCGAAAACCACCUAAUAAUAUAAUGCUUACUUAAUGCAUGAUGGAACUUACAAUAAACACGCUGUUAAACGCUGCCAGUUAGCUAUCAAACGGCUUAUAAAUAUGUAAAAUUUUGAUUUAAACACUAAUUUUAAAAGAUUUUAUUUUUUGAUAAUAACCACGAAGAGCAUAUUACAUUGAAAAUAUCAAAGCAAAAAUAAACCUUAAUCCAAAGCUUAGCUCUAGUUCAGAGACAUGUUGGAACCACAUCACUCCGGGCAGUAGCCAAUAGUAAAUGGCUGAGGUUUAACGAAAUUAUGCAGUUGUUGCAUUAUACAAAAUAAAUUAUAACCUGUACGCAUUAUAGAAGACAAAUUUUAGUGUAGAACAAUGAAAUUAUAAACUGGAGUCGUUUCUACUGCCGUUGGCGAUCAAGUGGUGGUGUGAGGAGUAUAUUGUACUUUAUAAAGGAACCAACACAUUUAUCGAAACUGUUUUACUUGGGAUAUUGAGAAGCCUAUUUUGUUAGUUACAAAAUGAGUUGUGUAGCCAGUGAAAUAGAGCAGCUGCCUAUAGUGUGAUGUAAUUUUCGCUUGAAUUACUUAAAUCAAUUCAAUGUUUUUGCAAUGGCUUAUUAUUGAACUCCGCAGUGCAAUAAUUUCGCUAAAUGUGGUGUCUCCUUGGUUUUAUUUAUCUAUUGAAUAGUUUCAUAGAGGGGAGGGAUGUUUGGCGAUGGAUGUACAUUAUUAUUAAUAAUUACUAUAAUUAAUUAUAUUUUGUAUCAGUGACGUUCACCAAGCUAUUUAUAUUAUGUCGCAGUAAGAAAGAAAAUUGUUCCAAAUACAUUUUCAUGUAUUAAA